AUGUUAACGAUGCUGCUGGGCCUGGAAGGGUUGCGGCAGUACAGCGAUCGCGAAGGGGGAUUGGUCUUUUUUAGCUACACGGAAGAUGUCAACCGCGCCCAAUCUUUUGCCUACAAUUACCUCCCUAUCAUCAUCUCCCUCGUGCUCGUCUUGGUAUGGACUGUGACUGAUUUCGAUGUCCUCCGCCUGGAACCAUACUUUCAGUUGUCCCGACCCGAGGGAGCGCCGGCGACCGUCCUCUUUAUCAACUACAAUUUCGGCCAAACUAUUAUCACCCCAAUCAAUGCUGCAAUCCGCCGUCACUGGGUCGUGUUCUGGGUUUCCUUUGUCACGCUGUCGAUCCGAAUGAUUCUUCCCGCUCUUCAGAGUACGGUAUUUGAGCUACGCGAGGUGAUGGUGGUGGACAACAGAACCAUAAAAAGCUGGCCCGACCUUGUGGAUUUAAACACACAAGCGACCUGGAUCGCAACGCAAGCCGAUGGCGACAUCAUUUUCUCAGAUGACCUGUUGGGCCGGUCCCGAUCCGCCAAAUACGCCUUGGCGCCCGUGGAGAUACCGGAUAGUCAGCAGGACGAGAGCACAACGUGGACUCUUGAUCAGACGCUGUAUUGGGCUCAGCUCUCCUGCCAGAAUGUUUCUGUUGGGAACAAGCUGAACGUUGCUGUCCAUGAUCCCGAAUCGGAAUAUCCAACAAUUUCAUGGAACGCCAGUGGUAUUGAUUUCAAUGAUGCACACGGAUCCGCCAAAUGUGCCCUUGAUUUUCAAUACGAGAGUGUCUUCUUUCCUACCACUGAUUACCUGCAAGUACGAUAUUGGGAGCCGAUGAUCAGUGCUGCUGCCAGAGAAUCAUUUCCGGACCGAACCCAGGCCUUCACGGAAUUUGGCUGCAGUCAGUAUGAUCUAUAUGGUAUGCUCAUCGGAGUCAAUAUGACCAGUCCAAUCCCGAAAUCGAAAUCGACAUCGACAUCGACAUCGACCGAGUAUUCCGCCUCCGGUAUGGCCUUUGCCUGUGAUAUCAUAUAUAAGAAGGCGGAGGCUCGCGUGGCCAUGCACGCCAACAGCUCCAUCAUAUCUAUUGAAGUCGAUCGAGCCACCACCCGUGCGCUCACAGAAGCCGAGUUCAACAUUGAACACUUCCAAGCUCUGCUCUCUGAACGGGCUCCGUUCACCAGUGACAUGCUCUUCAUCAGUGAAAAUACUACCACGGGGGCUCGCACUGUAACUGAACUCCCUAUCAUCAGCCAGGAACUAGGAGAUAUCCAGCCUGUGCUGGUGCUCGACACAUCGACUGUCAUGACAGAGACCGACUUUGAAUCCAAGAUUGCGCGGGAUGUCAAGCAGACUUUCGUGCUCACAUUCAGUCGCCUGUUUGAUCCCGAUAGUGUACCAAGGAUUCUUCCCGCCGAGCGCCUGUCAAACCAAGUCGCUAUCGCCGUUGUUGACUUUGCGGCCCUUUGGUCGGAGCUCAUUCUUGCCCUAGCCACUUUGACUGUGGUGUACCUCCUUUACAUGUAUAGUUCGCGUGAGCUGUUUCUCCAAAGUGACCCAGGGUCCAUCGGUGCCAUGUGCAGUAUCGCCGCUGAUAUUUUUCACCCGUCCAACAUCCUUGCAGAGCCAGUGGCGGAAUUCCAUCAAUUCUCUACUCGGCAGCUUCGUCGUAUCUUCAAAAAUGCUCGGUGUUACUGGCGCCCCGGCCCUUCUGGCAAUAGGCUAGAGAUACUCGCUGAAGAUGGCUCCCCUGUCCAGCUUGGAGAGAACGUCCAAACCCGUGUUGAUCCGAUGCCUCACUUUCUCCUAAUUCCUUUCUUUCUUAUUGAAUUCUUAGCGCUAGCUGCAGUCAUUAUCCUCAUUGGACUAGUGGUUUCAUCUUUGCUUCGAAAUGGCCGUUUCCGGCACCUGACCCAAUCCGACUCGAGUUCGUUCCAGGUUGUCCUUUCCUUCCUGCCCUCCGUCGUCGCAUCGUCCGUGGGAGCUUUAUGUACCUCCAUUCACCGGAACCUCAGCGUUUUGGAGCCUUGGGUCCACCUGCAACGCGGUAACGCCUCGGCAAGGACAUCGUUGUUACUGAACUAUUCGUCUCAAAGUCCGCUCGCCAUUUUCUUCAAAGCCGUUCGCAACGGGCAACCUUUGCUGGGCCUCGUAUCAAUUGCGUGCGUUGUUAACAUGGCUUUAACUGUUGUUGCGGGUGCGCUUUUUACUCAGCAAUUGACGACCUCAACGUUGGAUACCAGCGAUUUAUCAAUGAACUAUAGCCAGUCUAUAUUGUGGGGGACCGACUUCGCCGAGGAAUUCACCGAGUAUGGUUUGAUUCAAAGCAGUAUCAGCAGUGGAAUUCCCAUGCUGUCUUGGACUGGCCCAUAUCAGUCUUUCGUCCCAGUGCAUGUGACGAAUCGCAACCCAGAUGUGACUUACGGCGCUUCAACGCUUGGUGUUGGAACUGAGCUCAAGUGUGAGGCUCUUUCGUCCAACGCUCUUGUCCAUAAUAAAGCCAACGGUCAUCAACAUUGGCAAUAUGAACUAUUUGGCAAUUCGUCCAUAGAAUGUGUGGCGCGCAUGCCACUCUUGAAAAGCAAGCAGGAAGGUAUCUCGCUAUCUAUUCACUUUCUGUCCCCAGAUGAUGACGAGGAAUCGGACAUCUGCCAGACGUCGACCGUUCUAGUUGUCGGCCGUUGGGAUUAUUUGCCGGACACCCCGAUAACGGAUAACAACACAAUUGCAUUGCAUUGUGAACCCCAGGCAACAUUGCAAAACUAUUCUAUCUCUUUCGACCAGAAGGGACAGAUCAGUCGGCAUGACCCUGUUCCACAAACAUCUAUCACCCAUGGGACCAUGUACGACAAUGCAACCGUGAGUCUCGGUCAGUUCAACAAAGUCUUUGCUGCUAUUCCUAGCAGCUUUGUAGGCAAUACUAGCAUGCAGAAUGGGACAUACAACAUUUCUUCCUAUGAUUGGGCAGGCUUCCUUGUUGCCCGUCUCUACGAACGCGAAGAUCCUGACUUUGACGCCCUCGACCCCGCUCUUCUGACCGACAUGACUCGCACUGUAUAUCAAUGGGUCUAUAGCACCUACUUCUCAAUUUGGCGCGAUAUUUAUCUUGAACCUCUUGAUCACCCGGUCCCAGCGACAAAUGCAACCAUUACCCGCGUUACGUGGCAAAUGGUUCCAUCUGGUCCGUCACUUGCUGUCGCUCUAGCUAUCAUUGCCUUUGACGCGGUUGUUGUGCUUUUAGUAUUCGGAACGCGACGCGGCCGAUUCCGGGGACCCCGAAUGCCACGUUCCAUUGGAGCUGUCAUUCCCUGGAUUUCGCACAGCCAAAUGCUGCACGAUUUUACAAAUACACACAGCUGGAGCAGUGCUGAACGGCAUGCUCAUAUUGUAGCCCUGAACAAACGAUAUGCUUUCCGCAUGUUCAUGGGUGCCGAUAACCGAUGGAGGUUCGCCGUCGACCAGGAAUCGGAGACUGCCAAACCUCCCGAUACCCCGGGCGAUGAGACAGCAGUGGAGGUUGAUAAGACCACCUCAAUUCAGCUACAGGAGAUCCCAAGGCCACCCACUCCUACUCGACCCUGA